AUGCACUUCCUGACGGUGUUCUGGAAGGUUCUGUUUGCCUUUGUGCCGCCCACCGAGUACUGGAAUGGCUGGGCCUGCUUCUUCGUGUCCAUCUCGGUCAUCGGUAUCCUGACUGCCAUCAUCGGGGACCUGGCCUCCCACUUCGGCUGCACCGUGGGCCUCAGGGACACUGUCACUGCCGUGGUGUUUGUGGCUCUGGGCACCUCCAUUCCUGGUGAGAGAUGAUGUAUAUACAGUAUCUGCUAAUGCCAUUCAAAUACCACAACCAGUCCUCAUUUUAUGAGGGGUUAGGUAUAAGGUUGGCAGUAAUAGGGUUAAGGUUAAUUUUUAAAUCAGUUUACUCAGAUAAAUGUUUUUGAACUUCCUGCUUUGCAGCUUGGCCAGUUAGUGAAAUCCUUGUGUGUGUGGUGAGACUACAAGGAAACAUGUUUACGGUAACAAAUGUUGUCUGUGGUUGUCUUAGUUAUGACAACAGUAUGACUAAGAUGCUGAAAGCUGCUCAUCAUCACCUCGUCUCCCGAGUGGCGCAGUGGGUCUCCCGAGUGGCGCAGUGGUCUAAGGCACUGCAUCGCAGUGCUAGCUGUGCCACUAGAGAUCCUGGUUCGAUUCCAGGCUCUGUCGUAGCCGGCCACGACCGGGAGACCCAUGGGGCGGUAAAUGUAGUCACAGCCUCUGACAGCUGUGAUGACAGGUACUUCACCUAUCUCUCUCCCUUCUCUCACUUCUCUCCCUCCCCCCUCCCUCCCCUCCUCCCUCCCUCCCUCCUCAGACACGUUUGCCAGCAAGGUGGCGGCCACGCAGGACCAGCACGCCGACGCGUCCGUGGGCAACGUGACGGGCAGCAACGCGGUCAACGUGUUCCUGGGCAUCGGGGUGGCGUGGUCGGUGGCAGCCGUCUACUGGAAGGUGCAGGGCAAGGAGUUCCGCGUGGACCCGGGCUCCCUGGCCUUCUCCGUCACCCUCUUCACCAGCUUCGCUUUCAUCUGCAUGGGCGUGCUGCUGUUCCGCCGGCGGCCCUCUAUCGGGGGGGAGCUGGGCGGGCCGCGAACAGCACGCAUCAUCACCAGCCUCUUCUUCCUGGGCCUCUGGUUCCUCUACGUCCUCUUCUCCAGCCUGGAGGCCUACUGCCACAUAGAGGGCUUCUAG